AUGAAUAUGGUACGAAUACGACAAAUAAUGGAAGUCAGGAAAGCACUGAAAGCUCCGCCACUAUUACCACCGAAAGUACGAGGCCUUAUAAAGAGAAAAUUUUGUUUCACUAAGGAUUUCAGUUCGAAAAAUUGCGCAGCAUUUGGAUUCGGAGCGAAAAUUCCACCAUUAUAUAGGGAUUCGCAACAAUUUUGCCUCAAUUUCGAUACGGAUCCACACUGUACUGGCACAAAUGGAGUUAUUGAGGCUUUUAGGCAAGCAUACAUAACUGUUCAGCCAGUUCCAAAUGCGCAUUUUUCACAUAUAAUCUAUCAUGUUUCGAAGUUAGCUGAAAAUACCCGCAAGCGAAACCAAGCAUCACUUCCUCAAUAUUUUGUAUUAAUAAUCAUUACUCCAGGCUCGGUUGACGAUCUUCGUGAGACAAUUCAGGCGAUAAUUUUUGCAUCGAAAGCACCAUUAUCAAUCGUUUUUGUUGGAAUUGGCAAUAAUGAUUUUUCGGAGAUAGAGAAACUCGGCUUUUCUGGUUCACGAUUAGCGUACCAGGGGCGAAAAGUGGAAAGGGAUAUGCUACAGUUCAUCUCUUUAGCCGAAAUUUACAACGAUCAAGAAGAAGAAGACAUACGAGAGCUAAUCGCUGAAAAGGCACUUUCACAAAUUCCCCGUCAAAUGAGCACUUGGAUGAUGAAAAAUGGCUAUUCGGCUGAAGGAAAGAAGGUAAGAACUUGA